CACACGGCAGCUGCCCUCACAAGAGCUCCUCAUCUCCGGCCUUCCGCUAACUCAACGCACCCGGCAGUCAUGAAGUUUUUCCUUGCUUUCGUCUUGCUGCAUCUUUCAGCUUUUCAGGAAACAUAUCAACGCCAAGUCCCCGGCGUUGCUACGGUAACAGGCGACCCCGUCCGAGAUGACGUUGACACUGAGAUAAGCAAGUACGACGGCCUCAAUAUGCAAAACAUAUCAGCUGGCUCGAUGGAAGGAACAGAUCGACGCAACAGCAGCAUCAACGCCACACUCCUCGAAUCAGACAUCGCCGGAUCGGGCUCAUUUUCCAACGACACUACUAGCGAAGAUGGUGCUGAAGAAAAGAAGCCCAAAUACUUCCAUGAUGACACGAGGGGAAUAGUGGCAAUCUUCAUAAUGGCUAUAAUGGUUGCUGGAUUAUUCUUGUCGCCUGUGUUGAGGCAGUAUGGGAAUAAUUACAUAUGCAAGAAGCCCCGUACUGUACAAGAGCAAGCUGAUUUUCCUCCUAGGUAUCAAGAUUUGCUGCAGCGUGAUUAUCUGUGA